AUGAAUUUAUCAAAAAGUGAAAUUGAGGAACUGCGACCAAGUCUGGAGAAAAUGGUUGCACGAGUAGUUGGCACAGCUGAUGACAAAGUUAUGGCAAUAUUUGAAAGAGGUCUAAAUCACGGAUAUGACAAAGAAAAAUUCUUUAAGAAAUUAGCAUCUAUAACUGAAGAAAAGAAGGCAAUGAAGCUUGUAGACAAACUUGACACAAUUUUUGAUUUUGGAAGGGAUUCAUCAAAAGCUAAAAAGAGAUCAAAUGAUGAUGAGGGAACUAGGGAUAAUAAAAAGCAAAAAACUGAUCAUCAAAUUUCUGCUUCCAAUAAUGGCAGUGAAAUCGGUGCAAACUUGACAUCAGUUCAGAUCAAACAAAUGAUGGAAAAUGCACAGAAACAGAUUGAGGAGCGUAAAAGAAAGCUAGAAGCUAUGAAACUCAAUAGUGGCAUCCCGCCAGACAAUACAGAUGCAUCUAAUGUCCUUGACAUGAAUUCCGACGAGAGACAACGAAGGAUUGCUGAGUUACAGAAGCAGAUUCAGGCUAAGCUUGCAGGCACUUUGAGUGGAAUUGCAACCCCAAGUAAUGCUAUUCCUAUAAAACCAUCAGACAAGCCAAGACCAUUGAUUUUAGAUUCUGAAGGAAGAACAGUAGACACUAGUGGACGAGAAAUUAACAUCCAGACAUUAACGCCAACAUUAAAAGCAAACAUUCGUGCCAAAAAGAAGGAAAACUUUAAACAUCAACAAGCUGAAAAAGUUGCAGAUGAAGCCAGGACAGCAGAAUUGUCAUAUUUUGAUGAACGUCUAGCUAUAAAACCAGCAAUUAGAGGUAAAAGAGCACUUCGAUUCCACGAGCCUGGAAAGUUCGAGUUAAUGGCUGAACAAAUGAGAAUGAAAGCUCAAAUGGAAAAGCUACAAAAUGAAAUCUCACAAAUUGCUCGAAAGACAGGAAUAAGCAGUGCCACAAAACUCGCUUUAAUUGCCCCAAAAACUGAUGUCCAUAGCGAUGAAGUUCCUCAUAUUGAAUGGUGGGAUUCAGUCAUUACUGAUGACUAUAAUAAAAUCAUUGAUAAAAAGAUCCAGAUUAGAACUAAAGCCAUCACGAAUCUUAUUGAACAUCCAGUACAAAUAAGACCAAUGAAUGAGCCACUAAGAUCAGCUUAUUUGCCAGUAUUCUUAACUCCAAAAGAACGUAAAAAGUUAAGACGACAAAAUAGACGUGAAGCAUGGAAAGAGGAACAAGAAAAAAUUCGUCUCGGACUUAUCGAUCCACCAGAACCAAAACUUAAAAUUUCCAAUCUCAUGCGUGUUCUAGGAACGGAAGCUGUUCAAGAUCCAACAAAAAUUGAAGCUCACGUCAGAGAGCAGAUGCUUAAACGUCAAAAAGCACAUGAAGAGGAUAAUCAGUCAAGAAAGUUAACAGACGAGCAACGACGUGAAAAGAAAAUUAAGAAAUUAAAGGAAGAUACAUCAAUGGGAGUCAAUGUCUCUGUCUAUAGAAUUAAAGACCUAAGUAAUCAGGCUAAAAAGUUUAAAAUUGAAACAAAUGCCAAGCAGCUGUUCAUGACUGGAAUUGUCAUCAUAUUUCGUGACUGCUGUGUUGUGGUUGUUGAAGGCGGUCCGAAACAACAGAAAAAGUAUCGUCGUUUAAUGAUGCACAGAAUAAAAUGGGAAGAAGAUAUUGUCAGGACGUAUGACGAUACAGUUGACAAUAAGGAGGAAGCAAAUUCCUGUAAGCUAGUUUGGGAAGGAAAGGCUCCAAAAAGAUCUUUUGGUGAGAUUAAAUUCAGACAAUUUCCAAUGGAAAAGUCAGUAAGGGAAUUAUUUCAAAAGCAUCAUUGUGAGCAUCUUUGGGAUCUUGCCUACUCUGGUGCUGUUUUGGAAGUAUCAAUGGAUGAUUAA